UAAAACUGUCCCAAAGUGCUGAGAAUUAGCGAUGAAGAUGAAGCUUUCCAUUGUUUUUAUUCUUUUAAUAGAUAUCUGUCAUCUAAAAGGCCAGGAGAGGAUUAAAGAGUUCGAGCACAUUUUCCUGAGACUCUCCUUUCCUUCAUUUUACAACAGUUACAACAAGGCUUGCUGUAAACUGUAUCCGGGAGGCUGCUACAGGCUGAUGGACAGUUCAGGAUAUACCUGUGAACUUUUGAAAGGAAGAGUGACCAAAAUAGAAAAUGAUGGCUGGAUUGAAUUUAGAAUAUCAAAUGUGCAAUUUGUAGAUGGAGGCUUUUACAGGUGUGUCGUGCUGGGAACCCCAAAUCACAUCUACAUGGACUAUUAUAUAGAAGUGUCUGAAGUUUCAGAUCACUUCAGCCAUUCACAGCCUCCAAUCACAGGGACCACCAAAGCCCCCGGCACAUCCACAGCACUUCCAGAGUCCACUAGACCUGCUUUAGCAGAGGACCACGGUGACAGCAACAGAGUCUCCUGGAGUUUUAGUUUGCCGCUCGCUGUCAUUGUGGCAAUUACAGUGAUGAUGUUCAUCAGUUCAGUGAUUGGUUUUGUUUGCUGCAGAGUCAGGACAAAAUCCAAACAGCUAGACAAAUAUGGAGAAACUCACUGUGACUCACUGAACCAAGAAGCUUCGGAAACGAGCGGCAUAGUCUACACAGUGGUGGACUUCAGGGCUCUGCAGAAGCCCGAAGAAGUGUAUGCAAAUGUGAGGAUGCACAAAGCACCAACAGGAGCUGCCGACGAAGAGCAUGCUGGGAUGGUGGAAUACUCCAUACUGGCAAUCCAACCGUGAAUUUGAGUUACAGAUUUUAAUGUCGGAUCUACUUUAAUUCUUUUGUCAGUGUUUUGUUGGAAAGUUUUUAUGUAUAUGUCAGUUAACUGCUUAAAUACUAAAAGAUGUUUAAUGAUCAAGCAGAGACUGAUCACUUCUACUUUGUUUUGAUUAUUUUGUAUCCCAAAACUUGAAUGGACUGUAAAAUCUGAUAUCUGAUGAUGUUUAUAAUAAUGAGCUAUUAAUGGAGAAAUAU